ACCGUUGCUAGGGUAACAGCAUUUCAACAUGGCUGAAGAUAAAUCCACGGAAUCCAAUCCCGCCAAGAAAAUCAAGCCAUCAUUAGAGAUGAAAAGAGAAGCAGUGAAAUAUUAUAAUGAUAAUGCUAUACCACAAUGUCUGGAAAAUCUUUUAAACCAAAUGUAUCUGGAAAAUCCAGCUGAUUUGUAUGGAUAUAUGGCAGAGUACUUUGGGAAGUAUUCACAGGAUCCACUCAUAUCAAAGAUAGAAUUUGUUGAAAAUAUCAGCUCAAGAGGAUUUCUUAGCUUCAAGGGAUAUGCCUUCUGCAUUAUAAAUGGGUUGGAAAAGCUUGUUACAGCCCUGCCCUGUUUCUUUGAUGAUGGGCCUGUCAUUGAAGUGCCUAGAGUGAAAUCAAAACCAACAACUGGCUCAAAAUUAAAAGCAGAAAAGAAACUAACAGCAGCCCAAUCAUCUUUGCCCUUGAAUCAAAGUGAUUCAAGCACCUCAAAGGCCAAGAUACAUGAUUUUUCAAAACACAAGAAAAACAUAAUGGAAAUUGCACUGAAAAUAUGUGGACAAAAUGUUGGCAAUCAGGACAAGACUGAUGAAGCUAUUAGGUCAUUCUAUGAUGAACUUCUCAAAGAAUGUGAUGAAAGAAUAGAAGCAGAAGAUAGCGAAGAUGCAAGUGAACAGAUCAUACAAGUCCCUGAUCCAGCAACAAGCUUUUGCCCUGACUGUGCACGAAAAUUAGCCAUAAACCAAGAAGAGUUGUAUUUAUCACUUUUGACUGCUAAACUCUCAGCAGAUCUUGCAAAAUGUUCUCUUUACAAAAGCCUUCUACAGACAUACCAUGAAAAGGAAAUCCAUAGCAUUGUACUCCCUAUCCCAGCAGUAUCUGUUAUAAAGUGUGGCACUGAUGGCCCUGGAAAACUAAAUAUGAUCAAAUGCGCUUAUCUUAUUCCAAAACCUGGUUUGAGCUAUACAGCGGGAUUCCAGAAAAUAUCUACAGUUUACAAAGAACUUGGACAAUGCUUACAACAAAAGCUUGGGGCAAAUGGGAGGUUAACUAGUACUGAUGGAUCAUAUUUACCAAAUCUUGAGCGUGCUGAGCAGGUGUUAGAGUUCUUACAACAAGCCUGCAAUCUAGCUAAUGUGGAGUUUGAAGAAGAACUGGGUGUUAUACUGGACAUUGGGGCUUCAUAUUUGUAUGAUGAGGAAAAAAAGAAAUAUGAGGCAUCAACUGGAAACUUAAAAACUGCAGAGGACAUGAUGACUCUGUAUGCUGACUUGAUUGAUAGAUACCCAGUCAUUGGUUUCAUUGAUGGCUUAUCACACAAGGAUAUUGACAACUGCCAACAGCUGAACAAAAGAUUUGAUGGAAAAUGUUUCUGUUUUGGAGACAACAUGUUUGAAGAUAAUGUGAACAUUAUGGAGGACAGAAUAGAAGAUAAAGCAUGCAAUUCAUCUGUUUUGCGACUUGGGAGUCUUUUUAACAACAUCACAGAGAUGUUUCAGAUAACAAAAUUUUUGAAAGAACAUGAUUGCAGAGUGAUGAUGUCCAACAUGACUACACAAGGAUGUACAAGCUUGGUCACCCCUGACUUGGCAGUAGCAGCUGGAUCAACAUUCAUAGCCUUAGGACCCCUGGUUCAUGAAGAAAGCGCUGGAGCAGCCAGCAGACUAAUUGAGAUUGAAAAUGAAUUAACAAAAGACGGCAUCCUACAAAGAAUGGAAGAAUUCCCUUUUCCUGUGCACACUAAGGACAUUGAAAUUGAAGAGGAAGAAUCGAAUGCUAUGGUGAUAAAUGAGGCAAAUAAAGAGAUAAUUGAAAAGAAGAAGCCCAGUUAACUUGACACAUCAGUACAGCAUACAAAAAGGUAUUCAAGAAGUUUUUUUGGAGAAUCUGAGAAUUGUUUAAGCAUGUUUGAAGUGGUAACACCUUAAUGACUAGAUACAACAUUAACAUUACUUAAGAUGUAAUUUAGUCAGUAAAUUCACACUUGUAACAAUUCUUUAGCUCUACAUCAUUGAAAAAUGGUUCUCAAAUCCAAAAAAUUUAAAGGGAGCAAAAAGAGACAUUCAGCGUACAAAAUAUACUCUUAGUAGACAGUCCUUGCUUUGUUUGCCUUCACUGCCCCCAUUUAAGCACAACUUGAAUGAUCUAUAAAUAUAACACUAUAUGAUAAUAAUAAUAAAGGAAAAAGGCUUCAGUUGAACAUAGUUUUUGUUUUGUAAACAUCAAAUUAAAAUUACAAAUCUCCUUUUACAUUCAGUGUCCUAUUCUACAAAAGGUGAAUUAACCUACUUAAUAAAUCUGAUUCUAAAUUGCACACUGAAAUUUACAGACUUCAAUUUCAUUGCUCUGCUCAACUAAUGUUUUCCUUGGGUAGAAUAUAUGUUCAAACUAAAGGCAGAGGCAAACUAGAUCAUUCUAAAACACUACCACAAGUACCAGCCUCUCCUUGUUUGGAGCCCUGGCUACAACACAAAGUAGAGUUAUAAAGAUGGUGUGUAAUAUAUACAAUGAGUAUGAGUUAUGAUGUGUACAAUGAGUGUGCAAGGUCUUUCAUUUUAUAUAUAUAAUAGAUAAACUCACGAUUUUUUUCUAAAUUUCUUCAACACUCCAAUCAUGUCACAACCAGUCACAAACUGACAUCCAUCUUUAUUGUUAGCAAAGUUAGCUCUUUGACAUACUGCUCCAAUAAAGUCUUUCAAUAAUUCUUAACGACUUCUCUGACAUCAUAUGAAAUUUUGCUACUUUGAUAUAGCAUCCUCCCACUCUUUUACGUCAUCUGCACUAGACUUUCUAGGAAUUCUCCAUUUCUCAAAUUUUUGAACCAAGUCUCCGUCUUUUGAUGGUAGACUUCCCGUCAUAAGUAGAGAAAACUCUUCAACCUGUAAGGAGUAAUGUGACAGUAAUGGUGUAAUGUGUUAAAUGGCUUAUGACAACGAUUUAUCAUAAGAUUUUCAUUUUUAAAAUAUGCUAGUAACUGAAGUAGGAAAUCUCAAACGAAUGUAUGCAUUAUGUUACCUCUGUAUCAGGAAGUCAUAGUUCCCCACAUUCUCAUUCACCUUAGGGAAAUAUUCACGUUCAAUCACAAUCUUCAUAUUUACAUUGGAAACUGUCAUGAUAUUUUGUUCAAGUCUUCGUGAAAAGGAGCUUAUCUGCUUCCAACUGAGAAAUACAUAUUCAAUUAUUUAAAUUUUUACAUAUGUUAAAAGCUCUAUUAAACCCCCUCUCUUUUAAGCCCCCUCUCUAAUAAGUCUCCCCUUAUCAAGCAAAAAUUUAAAAUAAGCCCCCCUCUCUAUCAAACCUCCCUCUUAAGCCCCUGAUGUCAAACAAAGAGAACAUGAGCAUUGAGUGGGUCUCUUGACAGGUGUGAUGACAAUAAGAUUGGGUGCAUUAAAAACUACCCAUGUAAAUAUAGUGGGUCUCUUGACAGGUGUGAUGAUGAUAAGACUGUGUGCAUUAAAUACGACCCAUGUAAAUAUUAACUUGUGCACCUAAGAAGUUGGUCGAAAUUUGAUAAGAAGAUGUCCCAGGGGAUAUCAAAUGAUCCUGGUGACUCUUGAGGAAGAUGAGGGUAUUAUAUUUGAUUGAUUUUGAGAACCUUUUGAAGCUGCUAGCAAAGUUUUUGAGAACAUUUGUAUGACAUUUUCAUAACAAAAAAGAAUACGGAAAUUUGUAUAACCUUUUUUAUAUUGAAUUAUUAAUAAGCACCCCUCUGUCUUUUAAGCCCUCUUUUAGCCGGUCUGGAUUUCAUGGCAGUUUUCGGCAAGAUCUCGGGAUCUCGGGAUGGUAGUGAACUAUGCUUACCUAUCACUACCAUCAGUGGCCGUUAUUCAAAUUUCUAAAGAGUAAAUUUGGCAAGUAAAGAGAUAAUUUAAAAAAAUAAUUGAUUAAGGUCCUUGAUGUCUAGGGAACCUCAUAAAGAAAGAAUUCCAUUUUAAGAAUGGAAUUUAUUUGUUUAUGGUUGAAUAAUGGUAAUCCGUUUAUAGAAUAGAAAUAAUAGUAAAAUGUGACAAUGAAACAAUUAAAACAAGGUAUAAUAUUGAAACAAUUGCAAGAAAAUGACUGCAAACAAUGACUGACAACCAGCUAAUUGCCAAUAAACUUAGAAAGAAGGGUUUAGUGUGUAACUUAACUCUGUAAAUGUUAAGGCAAACAUAUCAAGACUUGCAUAUUUGGUAAAAAAUUGACUUUUUGUCCAAGUUAGUUGGUAUCUUGUUUUGUUUAAACAUCAUCCACCCAUGAAUUUGAGUACAACAGUGAAAUUAUCUCCGGUUUCUACCCUGUUGUUAUCAGUCUGUAACUAUGCCUCCCAAUGAUUCUCUAACUUCAUAUUUCACCCUGUUAAACCUUAAUGUACAGGCAUCAAGCCUGCAAAAUUUCAUCAAGAUCAAACUUGUCCCACAUUAGGAUUUUUUCAGUUAUGUAGCGGUUGUAUGGCAUUUCCCCGAAACUGGCAAUAACAGGUUUUCUUAUUUUAAAAAUGCAAUAGCUGUGAAAGAGAUGGUCUUACAAGGUUUUUAGCAUUAUUUUUUUAUUCUGCAGGUAUGAAAAUGGUGGGAUGUACAUUUUCAGAAUGAUAAUGCAAAGGAUACCAAAAAAAUUAGAAAUAUAAAAUGUUGUUUGAUUUUUUACAAAAUUCAAAAUGGCCGCCAAUUAGUGGUUUUACCUAAAAAAUUAUUAAAUUUGAAAUUGCGAUAUUUCAGCCAAUAUAAAAGAUAUUGACGUGAAAUUUUGGGAAACUUUAUUUCUAAAGAAGAUUUAUUUGCAAAAUGAAAAUGAAAAAAAUCUAAGAUGGUGGGUGUCAAUUUCAACUUUUAUCUGGUGAACUGACAUGGAAUGACCCAAUAUUCUGAAGUGUAUUCUGCAGCCAAUCUAAAGUAAGGGGUCAGAAAAAGUUUCUGCUCAUUUUGCUUGCAAGGGUGCCUUUCUUUCUCAGUUUUGUCUCAGCUCCACUGAAAACUUUUUGCCGGCCCUAAUCUAAAGUGGAUCACUCAAUUUAGAAUGACACAUUCUUUUCCAAUCUCAGUUGUGGACAAUUUAAAAAGUAAUUUUGCCAUACACUCUUUUUUUUAUAUAAGAACAAUUUUAUAAGAACACGAGCCUCAAAAUUGGUCAAAAGUUAAGAAAAAAUUAAGAACAAGCUGAGGCUGAGCAUCUGCAAAAUGCAUUUUUCAACAAUGUUUUUUCUCUCAAAAUCGAGGAUUUUUAGCGAUGUAUGGGUGCUUUUUCAACGAAUAUUCAAACUUUUCUGCAAAUGAAGGUUGUCUCACUCACUUUGUUGGCAAAUGAGGCCUGAACACCUCCCUAGAGCGAAAAAGCUAGCACUCGCACUGCUUACACCCUAUUAGAUUAAGAACAAAUUAAGAACAAUCCAGCCUCAAAUUUUCGAAAAAAUUAAGAACAGUCAGCCUGAACUUAAAAUUACUGGUCCUUUAAAAAAAAGAGUGUAUUUGAAAAAGCGUUCUAAUUUGAGCCAUAUCCAAAAACACGCCCAAACCAUGCCCAUUUUUCUGGAGUGCAGCUGCCAUGGAAUCCAUAAUGGCUCUUUAGGACUGACAAAAAUAAAUAAGACCCCGGGAGCUUAAUAGAGAUUUUACGGUAAUUGUAUACUUACAUUGCGCACUCCUAGUGCCCACUUUGUUGCCAAAACAAGAAAUCCGCACCCAGCGAUACUUAAGACCGUACCAAUUCCAAGUGCCUUUAAAGCAAGUUUAGUAGCCCCUAGCUCACCAAAUUCUGUGGGGUUUUUCUUCCUUACACGCCCUAAUGUAAGCCCAAAACCAGCAAACAACGACAGAGUUGUUAUGCCAAAUAUAAAACUCCCUUUUCCAAAUAAUCCGCUACUAUUUCCAUUUUCGCGGGGCUCGUGUUCAGCCGCCAUUUGCCUUGAUGUAGCCUCGUUUCUGAGAGGGUCGAAGUUUUGAAAGUGAGACGGUCGAUAUAUUUUUUUACAAAUACUUUCUUUUUCUUUGUACUUGUUUUCCUUCGUCGAUUUGCGUUCUUUGGGCUUCCUCUCGUAAGCAAGUCUAUUCUUCUCACCGUUAUCACGUUUUUCACCGUUAUUAUGCAAAAGCGUAGCAUAAGAGUUCAGACGUAGCAUCUCGACAAUGUACUCCCAUAUCGAUGUAAUAGUCGAAUUUUGCCGAAAUUGAGGAGGGGGUUGAAUCAUUUCGUUGCAUAAAUGAGAAACAAUUUCUGGAAUUCUUCCCGAAUUUCCCCCCUACUUUUUCAUUAGGCAGGAUAGGCUUAGACAUACAACCUUUGAACAGUUGCGGUUGAGGGUUUCUGAAUAAGAAUAUACAUCUUUUUAAAAGAAACACGUCACACAAGGUAGGCUCAAAGUUUCUUGAUUGCCUCAAAUGAGCCAUGAAUGUUUCCGAAGAAUUCCUUAAAUUUUUCUUUAUGUCAUCCAAUGGGUAAAAUGCAACAAGCAUCCCGAGGUCGCCUAGCGUUAUUCACGUUUCCCAUCGGAAAACAGCAAUUUGCGAUUUUUAUUCUACUUGCGAUUUUUAUUCGACGAUAUUUUUUCUCCCCUAUCCCCCUAUCUGAGCCUUGCAAUGUUUCUUAGACGUUUCUUAGUUUUAAGGGUUUUGAGGCUCGGAUUUAUCAUUUCCAUGAUUCUUAAAAAAAAGACGCGUUCCCUUCCUGAAAGCUUCCUGCGACUGCAAGCGGAGAGGGCGUAUUCGAGACCAAAAUAUAUUACAGACAGAUUUGGCAUAUCUUCAUUAGGGUGUAAAAUAUUGAAAAGUACUUAGAAUAUUGGGCGUGCUGAAUGAUAAUUUCAUAAGAAUUUGCAAGCCUGAUAUUUUGCUUGUCUCUAGACCAAAAUAUUAAAGGUAAGAUUUUUGUUUUGAAACUAAAAGCCCUUUCAACGAUAAUCAUAUACAAAAACACUACCGACCGCAAUAAAAGAACAAUGAAAGGAAAGAGCAACAAUCUAAAAUUUUUCAAGAUGGAUAAAUUACGAACUUUCACGACACAAUGGAGUUUUCACGAUAGAAUGAUAGUCUCGCUUCGCUAUACUUGCUGACGCUAAAUUGCAGUAAACCAGGUUGUGUGUACUUCUUAAUGACGGAAAAGAAUACUGUAUUGUAUGGGUCAAAAGCUUUAAAAUCAACAACUUUACGACUUCAUGAAGGUAUCUGAUUUCGCUGCCAAAAGACUACCAGAUGAAAUAUACCCAACAACUCUAGAUUACAUAAUUUGCUUUCUAAUAAAUUUGCACAAAGACAUGAAAACAAACAAGACAGAAAAUACUAUUGACGAAGACUUAGGUAAACAAUACUUUACAUGGUGUUUAUUGACUAGGAAAUCUAGGCAGCUCCCUUUAACCAUAAAUGUAUUUUCUAAAAGUUUCAUACAAGCAAACCAUGACAAAUGUUUUGUUCGUGUUUGCUCGUCUGAACAGGGCCUAAUUUCGCAACGCCGGUAAGAAAAAGUUCCGAAAUUGGCGGCCGACUCAAGUUGUGGACUGUGCAGAUGUGGCUGGGGGUUCGAGUUCUGAUGCGGGUGUGUCAGCCUCCUCGUCAUUGUAAAUGUUCUCCGCCUGCAAAUAGAUUAACAAAUAAGUAAUGACUUAACAAUCAGCAUCAGAGACCAUUAAAUUUUAUACUUCACUUGCACAAGUUCCUGAGACAUUUUAAAUAAAUGCGCAAAAAAGAAGAGCCAGUUAUUCGAUUUGAAGGUAAGAGUAAGCCUUCUUUAUGGCGAUAUAAAUAAUCCUCUAAGGACGCAACCUCUGAUCAAUCAAGCAAUGCUUCAAAAAUUCACACUUCCGUUAAAGUUUAUAAGUAAUCCAACAAUAAGUAAAACUGCCAACAAAUAUAACUUUUCCAUACGAUAUCCCCCGUGCUUUAACACUCUUCUUUAGAUAGGAAAAACUAAGCUAAGAAUUAAGAAUAAAGAUUCCCGAAAAAAAAGAACAACGCAAGGACAUGAUCGGUCUCCGAUGAAAAACUAGUAGAGAGAAUAUUUUUUGGAAAAAAGAGCCCCAAGAUAUCGAAAAAAUUGGAACAUGGGCAAAAAUUAUCUUGCUCUGAUAAAAAGAAUCUAGUUCAUUAGAAGUCUCAUAUAUUCAUACCAUGACUGUUGAAGAAAUAAGAAUUAUAUUCACCAUUUGCCAAACUUGCAUAAUGUUGUCUUCAGAAACACUGCAAAGGACCCAAGGCUCAUUGGGAUUCCAUGCAAAAUCAGAAAUUUUGGCAGUGUGACCUCCAUGAAUAAACUGCAGAAGAAAGAUAUGUAGCUGUAUAGCGUUACUUUAUCUUACUUAGUUAUCGUCUUUACAGUGUGCAAUGACGGUAGAGAUCUCGAAAAAAGGCCCAUCAUAUGGAAAUCUAAGUUAGUAAUGCCACGCAAAAUUUAACUGUACACCGGUCACUUGAUCGAGUUAAGUGGAGCAGACCGCUAGUCAAGUAAUGUCCAGUUUUCUAUUGCUAUUUUCAAUAAAAAAGUGACCAAUAGUUUCAGUUAUUAAUCUCAAAAUUCCGCUACAUAUGAACAUUUUCAAAUAAGCUAAUUAGGUGUAAAUAAAUACAAAUA